UUUUCUCACUGAGGGCGGUUCAUUGUCAGUUUGUCUCCCGUAGAACGACGAAGGUGCUCUGACUCACCUUCUUUUUUUUUGUUGCUGCGAGCUGCUUCACCAUCAGGCGAAAGAAGCUAAAAUGAGGCGGGCGUGGGCUUUAGGUCUGUUCGUCGCGCUGCUGGCCUUCGCUGCAGUGCAAGCUGAGGAUGAACUGGAUGUGGAUGGCACAGUGGAAGAGGACCUGGGCAAGAGCAGGGAUGGCUCCAAGACAGACGACGAGGUGGUUCAGAGAGAGGAGGAAGCUAUCCAGCUGGAUGGAUUGAACGCGGCCCAGAUUAAGGAACUCCGGGAGAAGUCCGAAAAGCACGCCUUUCAAGCGGAGGUCAACCGCAUGAUGAAGCUGAUCAUUAACUCCCUCUAUAAGAACAAGGAGAUCUUCCUCAGGGAGCUGAUCUCCAACGCUUCUGAUGCCCUGGAUAAGAUCCGCCUGUUGUCACUCACCAAUGAGGAUGCAAUGGCCUCCAAUGAAGAGCUGACCAUCAAAAUCAAAUCCGACAAGGAGAAAAACAUGCUCCACAUCACCGACACGGGCAUCGGCAUGACCAAAGAGGACCUGGUGAAGAACUUGGGCACCAUCGCCAAGUCGGGCACCAGCGAGUUCCUGAACAAGAUGACCGAGAUGCAGUCGGAGGAUCAGUCCACCUCGGAGCUGAUCGGCCAGUUCGGCGUGGGCUUCUACUCCGCCUUCCUGGUGGCCGACAAGGUCAUCGUGACGUCCAAGCACAACAACGGCACCCAGCACAUCUGGGAGUCCGACUCCAACCAGUUCUCUGUCAUCGAGGACCCUCGCGGGGACACGCUGGGCAGGGGCUCCACAAUCACACUGGUGAUGAAAGAGGAGGCUUCAGACUUCUUGGAGCUGGAGACCAUCAAGAACCUCGUCACGAAGUACUCGCAGUUCAUCAACUUCCCCAUUUAUGUUUGGGCCAGCAAGACUGAGACCGUAGAGGAGCCCAUUGAGGAGGAUGCUGAGGCAGCAGAGGAACCAGAGAAAGAGGUGUCAGAAGAUGAUGUUGAGGUAGAAGAAGAGGAGGAAGAAGACAAAGACAAGCCCAAGACCAAAAAGGUUGAGAAGACCGUGUGGGACUGGGAGCUGAUGAACGACAUCAAGCCCAUCUGGACAAGACCCGCUAAGGAGGUUGAGGAGGAUGAGUACAAGGCUUUCUACAAGACCUUCUCAAAGGACAGCGACGACCCUCUGGCUCACAUCCACUUCACCGCUGAGGGCGAGGUGACCUUCAAGUCCAUCCUGUUCGUCCCCAAGGCAGCGCCCCGCGGCCUCUUUGACGAGUACGGCUCCAAGAAGAACGACUACAUCAAGCUCUUUGUCAGGAGAGUUUUUAUCACCGACGACUUCAAUGACAUGAUGCCCAAGUAUCUCAAUUUUGUCAAGGGAGUGGUUGAUUCUGAUGACCUUCCCCUGAAUGUGUCCAGAGAGACUCUACAGCAGCACAAACUGCUCAAGGUUAUCCGCAAGAAACUGGUGCGCAAGACGCUGGACAUGAUCAAGAAGAUGGCAGAAGAGCACUACAACGACAAGUUCUGGAAGGAGUUUGGCACCAACAUCAAGCUGGGCGUCAUCGAGGACCACUCCAACAGGACCCGCCUGGCCAAGCUGCUCCGCUUCCAGACUUCCAACAGCGACACGGUGCUGGCCAGCCUGGAGCAGUACGUGGAGCGCAUGAAGGAGAAGCAGGACAAGAUCUACUUCAUGGCCGGCACCAACAGGAAGGAGGCGGAGGCGUCUCCCUUCGUGGAGAGGCUGCUGAAGAAGGGUUACGAGGUGAUCUACCUGACGGAGCCCGUGGACGAGUACUGCAUCCAGGCUCUGCCAGAGUUCGACGGCAAGCGCUUCCAGAACGUGGCCAAGGAGGGCGUCAAGUUUGAAGAGAGCGACAAAGUCAAAGAGAAGCGCGAGGCUCUGGAGAAAGAAUACGAGCCUCUCACCACCUGGCUGAAGGAGAAGGCGCUCAACGAGAAGAUUGAAAAGGCCGUGCUCUCGCAGAGGCUCACCAACUCGCCGUGCGCCCUGGUGGCCAGUCAGUACGGCUGGUCGGGCAACAUGGAGAGGAUCAUGAAGGCCCAGGCUUACCAGACAGGAAAAGAUAUUUCCACAAAUUACUACGCCAGCCAGAAGAAAACCUUAGAAAUCAACCCCAAACAUCCGCUCAUCAAGCAGAUGCUCAAACGAGUCAAUGACGACGCAGAGGACCAGACGGCGUCCGACCUGGCCGCCAUCCUCUUCGAGACGGCCACCCUGCGCUCAGGCUACCAGCUGGCCGACACCAAGGCGUACGGAGAGAGGAUAGAACGCAUGCUGCGGCUCAGCAUGAAUGUCCCUCUGGAUGAGGAGGUGGAGGAAGAACCAGAGGAGGAACCUGAAGAGCCAGCAGAUAAUGAUGACGACGAUGAUGAUAAUGAAGAAAAUGAAGAAGAGGCCGAUGGAGCUGAGGGAGAUGACGUUGAUGAUGAAGAAGAAACGGCAAAAGACGAACUGUCGAGCAGCAGCAAGAGAAAAGAUGCUCGGACCAAAGCGCCGCUGCCCCAAGACCAUCUUUUGAUGCCCGCACGGACCUCGGGUUUCCCGCCCCCCUACCCCCCUCUCCCCCCCUGCGCACAUUCGGCCUGCCGCCUCGGGAGCCCUCCGCCCCGCAGAGCGGCCCUGAUCACAGGAAUGAGUAUAGAAAUCCCCGAGGGACUGACGGAGCUGUUGCAGAGCUUUACCGUGGAAGUGCUGAGGAACCAGCCCGGGGACCUGCUCGACUUCGCCCUGCAGUACUUCACCCGACUCAAGGCCGGGGAGAGCCAUGAGUCGCACUCCAACGCCCGCGCCGGGAAAGCGGUCAAUUUCCUCGACCAGGCCGUGCGGAUCGACGCGGAGAUCAGCGAGGAGGAAGACGACGACGACGAGGAUUUUGAAGCGCCGGUAAUAAAUCGAUUCAUCAGGAGAGCAUCAGUGUGCGCCGAGGCCUUCAACCCUGACGAAGAUGAGGACGACAAAGAGCCAAGGGUUACCUACCCCAAAACAGAUGAGCAGAGGCAGAGACUACAGGAAGCGUGCAGGGACAUUCUUCUAUUCAAGAACCUGGAUCCUGAAGAGAUGUCUCAGGUGUUGGAUGCCGUGUUUGAGAAGUUCUGCGUGGAAGGCGAACACAUCAUUGACCAGGAUGACGACGGGGACAACUUCUAUGUUAUUGAAAGGGGGACCUUCAGCAUUUAUGUGAAGGUGGACGGCACAGAGAAGCUGGUGGGUUGCUACGACAACCGAGGCAGCUUUGGCGAAUUGGCGCUGAUGUACAACACACCCCGGGCUGCCACCAUCGUCGCCAACUUGCCCGGAGCCCUAUGGUGCCUCGAUCGUCUGACGUUCAGGAGGAUCAUCGUGAAAAACAACGCCAAGAAGAAGAAGCUGUACGAGGCCUUCAUGGAAACUCUCCCCCUGCUCACGUCGCUGGAGCUCUCAGAGAGGAUGAAAGUGGUGGACGUCAUAACCACCAAAGUCUACUGUGACUCGCAGCGGAUCAUUGCACAGGGAGACUCGGCAGAUUGUUUCUACAUUGUCGAGUCCGGCCAAGUACGGAUUACCAUAAAGAGAAGCAGGACGAAAAAUGACCAGGAUGAAGAGGAAGUGGAAAUCGCCACGUGCUCCAGGGGCCAAUAUUUCGGGGAACUGGCGCUGGUCACCAACAAGCCCAGAGCUGCAUCCGCCUACGCUGUGGGAAGCGUCAAAUGCUUGGUGAUGGAUGUUCAAGCCUUUGAGCGGCUGCUGGGCCCGUGCAUGGACAUCAUGAAAAGGAACAUUGCAAACUACGAGGAGCAGCUACUGACCCUGUUUGGAAGUAGCACCGACAUCGAGCAGCAACGCGCAUGAAAGACGGACCACCAGUCGGCGGACGACGCAGAAGGCUCCUUUCCCCGCCCCCUCCCGGCCCCCCGCCCUAUGGCCAUUUUCAAACCGCUUUUCUUACAAGACGAUGAUGACGAGACUUGACGGCUUGAGUGUUGGAAGUUAAAAAGUUGCUUGAAGCCCGUUUUCCAUUCGAGUCCUCUCACCCGUGCGUCCCCCCCCACCUUGUUUGCGUAUUGAACACACCACCCCGGCGCUGGUGAAACAUGAGGUAAAAAAAAAUAAAAUAAAAGUCGACGCGAGGGACCUUUUCUCCAUUU